GAGGAGUGGCAGCGGGAGGAGGAGGAGGCGCAGCGCAAGCGGCAUCGCGUCGGCAGUGCCUCCGCGCCGAGCGCCGCGGCGGCCGCGGAGGGGGCCGCCGACGAUAAUAGCCAGGAGCGGUCCCUGAGGGCCGAGCUCGCGAAGGUCCUGGAGGAGAAGAGGCUGGCCAGCGAGGCGGAAGACUUCGACGCGGCGCACGCGGCCAAGGAGCGCGAGAGUCGGCUUCUUGCCCGGCUCGGCGAGCUGGGCGCGCCUGGCGGAGGUGCGCCAGAGCCCGCCGCGGGGUCCCCCGACCCGCAGGCCGAGGUGCGGGCGGCGGAGGCCGAGCUGGAGGCGGCGAGGGCGGACAAGAGGGCCGCGAUCCAGCGGGAGGACCCGGGGACUACGACGCGGCCGACGACGCGAAGAGGAGGGAGGGCGAGCUGCUGGCGAGGCUGGACGGGCUCCGGGCCAGCCCGGGCGGGGGCACGGCGGCGGCUCCCGCCAGGAGGGCGGCGCUGGAGGAGGAGAGCUCGCGCGGGUGCGCGCCUCGAAGCGCGAGGCGGCGGAGUCCGAGGACCGGGGGACUUCGACGCCGCGCAGGCCCUGAAGGCGCGCGAGGACGCCCUGCUCCGGGAGCUGCAGUCGCUGCAGGCCGGGCCGCCCGCGGCGGAAGCGGGCGCGCAGAGGCGGCGCCUGGAGGCCCAGCUGGCGGGGCUGCGCGAGAGGAGAAGGCCGCGGCCGUGA